AUGAUCUCCCCCGUCAAGUGUCUGUUGACUUCAGCCCUCCUUGCAACAUGUGCCAACGCCCAUGGCUGGCUGACCAAACCGGCGGCAGUCUACGAUACACAGAUGGACAAGUCGCAGUAUAUAGGAACGAUCGAGUCGACCACAUCAGGAUUCAAAGGUACCUUUACCGGCGCACCAGCUGACAAUGUCGCCGCUUUUACCAAGGCCUUUGAGUCCAGCAAGUACAAGUCGCUCAAGGCCGUUAUCGAUGACAAGGCCAAGAUCAUAGUGCCUGGUGCCACACUCACAUGCGGUAUUGCCGACCCGAAAGCCACUCCACAGCCUCUGCCAGCUAAGGUGGAGUGGUAUCACUCCGAAUCGGAAGGCUUCACAGCAACGCACGAAGGCCCAUGCGAGGUUUGGUGUGACAAGGAGCGUGUGUUCCACGAUGACAAUUGUGCUGCCCACUACACUGCCGCACCGGCUGAAUUGCCGUACGAGAAGAGCAAGUGUACGGGUGCUAGCUUUUUGACGAUGUACUGGGUGGCAAUGCAUGGACCUAGCUGGCAGGUAUAUGUGAACUGCGCCCCGCUCAGCGGAGGAUCAGGUGGAGGAGCUACAACGGAAUCAUCGGGUAGUUCGGCUACGACCACGGAUGCUUCGGCUGCUGAGGCUCCGGUGGCCCAAACGCCACCAUCAGAAGAGUCUCCAUCCGCUCCAACCACGGAUUCUUCCUCUGCUGACACGCCAUCGGUGACUCCGGCUCCCGCCCCUGAAGGUUCGCAGUCUGUCACUCCUGCUCCUGCUUCUGAAGACUCCACGUCCGUUACUCCAGCUCCCGCCUCGGGCGAUUCACCACCGGCCACUCCAGCUCCCGACUCGGGUGACUUACCGUCUGUCACUCCUGUUCCUGCUUCAGGAGACUCGCCGUCGACGUCCAAUUGCAAAGUACGGAAGCGAAAGUAAGCACUUGAGUGUGUAGUACAUGUAUCGAUGUAAGGUUCAAAAGAUGUUUGGCGCUGUAAAGCUCUUUUGCUAUGGUAGUGUUAGACUUGCUCAAUCUUCGGGGUGCUGUGAUGUAGGUGCAGAAUAAGCGUGGGCAUAACAG